AUGGCUGAGCAGCCCUUCGCAGAGGUGUCCGUGCCAGCCCAGGGGAUGGCUGCAGACAACACCGAAGCCCACCCGCUCCGAACCACCCGCCGUGGGUCCCAGCCCCACGCACGGGGCACGGAGGAAGGCAAACCGCCGCUUCUGCUCUCCCGCCGCAGCUCCAUCCUCAGCACCCUGCCAGCAGCCCUGGCCAGCCGCCGCAGCUCGCUGGGGGCAGCCCCGGGGGGCAGGCGCCCCUCCAUUGGCCCCUGGAUGCUCCACAGACGCGUGAGCUUUUCCGGGUUGUCCCUGUUCCAGCCCAUCCUCAAGACCCGCCUGGAGAACACGUACAGGAUAGGACCAGAUGAAGGCUGCAAGUUCAAUGCAGGGCGGGUGCAGCGGGUGCUGGAGGGAGCCUUGACGGGUGCCCUUGAGACCAUGGUCUACACGCCCCAGGGCAGUGCACUGCUGGUCCAGAACCUGGUUGAGAUGCUGCAGAGCAGAGCAAAGGAGGUGGUGCCGCCCCGGUACAAGCUGGUCUGCCACGUGCUGCUGGGGCAGCAGGCACAGCAGAGCCUGCUGGUGGCCAGCCAGGCACUGUGGGACCCCGAGAGUGACAGCUUUGCCUCCGCCACCUUCUCCAAUGCUUCCCUCUUUGCUGUGGCCACAGUGCAUGGGGUCUACUUUGAGUAG